GGGUUUACUUCCGUCUGCGUCACGCACGCAGCUGGCUUCCUUUUGAAGUGAGUCACGUUGCAGUUUCCUCUUGGCUCGCGGCGGUUCUGGUUGGACUCAGCGGUCCGGUGGGACCGGGGUCAGUAAGUUUCUCUACCCGCUCAGUUAAACACGGACGUGGUGCCUUCAAGGAACCGUGGGGAACACAUCAGUCAAGAAGCUGAUAAACUUUCACAUUAGUUUAUCUGCAACGUUUCAAAAACUAAGUUGAUUAAUUUGAAGGGUAAGAGAGUAAUUAUAAAAAAAAAAAAAAAAAAAAAACACGACUGCCAACACGCCAGUUUGAAUAAAAAUAUUUUACUUUUUGUGUGCUGUUAAUUCCGUGUUUUCACAUGAAAACCAUUGUUUCACUUGUAACAUCGUGAUGAAAUAGUCUCUUUCAGCCCUUCAGUGAUUCACGAGUUUGUAAUGUCGGACGGUGCGCUGGGUCCGUGAACGCAGCCUAAUCCAGCCCAGCCGCUCAGUAGCCAUUUUGGUCCCACCUAAAACAGUCAGAACUGCUUCACUUUAGUCCGCAGGAGAUGGAAGAAACGGACCAGUCUGCGGGUGUUUCUGCCUUCUGGAGACGGGCCUUCUUUCCUCCGAACUACCGCCUGUGACCCUCCAUAUCGGUUCUGGUGAAUCCGAACUGGGUUCGUGGAAAAGGGAAGGUUUCGGCUAUUUUUGUACCGACCGCCAGCGCCUUCACGUUAGUUUAGUUUUCCUCGCUGACUCUAAUGGACUCUGAUUUGAUUUGGUGUCGGGAUGUGGAUUGGACGUUACUGUGACAUGGAAGCUCUGUUUAGCUAGGUUUGUUUGUUCUUCCUACGAGCUCAGGUGCUCGGCACAAACACGUCCGGUCUGGGAGAAUCGUCACGAUCCAUGCCGAGACCGUUUUCCGGAGAGAGCUGCAGAGCACAUUAGUAUUUGCUGGCUUUGGGAGGCUGGACUGGAUUUUGGACAUCAGAUCACAGCAGUUUAAGGAAGGAACCCGACAAGAUGUCAACAAAAACUCCUUUACCCACGGUCAACGAGAAGGUGACGGAAAGUCACACCUCUCACAGCAACGGCCGGUCCGAGCUCAGCGCACGCUCCGGCCGGACCGGCGUUCGGACCCGCAGCUCCGAUGAGCCGCAGCCGCCCCACGUUGGAAACUACCGCCUGCUCAAAACCAUCGGGAAGGGCAACUUCGCCAAAGUGAAACUGGCCCGGCACAUCCUGACAGGCCGGGAGGUGGCAAUUAAGAUAAUAGACAAGACUCAGCUGAACCCAAACAGCCUACAGAAGCUCUUCAGAGAAGUCAGAAUAAUGAAGAUCUUGAAUCAUCCUAAUAUUGUCAAACUGUUUGAAGUGAUCGAAACGGACCGGACGCUCUACCUGGUCAUGGAGUAUGCCAGCGGAGGAGAGGUGUUUGACUACCUGGUUGCACAUGGAAGAAUGAAGGAAAAGGAGGCCAGAGCUAAAUUUAGACAGAUCGUGUCAGCAGUGCAGUACUGCCACCAGAAGCACAUCGUCCACAGAGACCUCAAGGCUGAGAACCUCCUCCUGGACGCAGACAUGAACAUAAAGAUUGCAGAUUUUGGUUUCAGCAACGAGUUCACUCUGGGCAACAAGCUGGACACGUUCUGCGGCUCGCCGCCGUACGCAGCGCCUGAACUUUUCCAGGGCAAGAAGUACGACGGGCCGGAGGUGGACGUGUGGAGUCUGGGGGUCAUCCUGUACACGCUGGUCAGCGGCUCGCUGCCCUUCGACGGACAGAACCUGAAGGAGCUGCGGGAGCGCGUCCUCAGAGGGAAGUACCGCAUCCCUUUCUACAUGUCCACUGACUGCGAGAACCUCCUCAAACGCUUCCUGGUGCUCAACCCAGCCAAGCGGGGUACUCUCGAGGUGAGGGAGGACACCGAGAACCAAAUCAUGAAGGAUCGAUGGAUCAACGCUGGAUUUGAGGAGGAUGAGCUGAAGCCUUACACUGAACCCGAACUGGACAUCACCGACCAGAAGAGAAUAGAUGUGAUGGUGGGGAUGGGCUACAAGUUAGAAGAUAUCCAGGAAUCUCUGGGCAAGAUGAAGUACGACCAGUUCACAGCCACCUACCUGCUGCUGGGCAGGAAGGCCUCUGAGCUGGAGCCCAGCGAGUCGGCCUCCAGCAGUAACGCGUCUUUGGCCAAGCCCAGACCCAGCAGCGAGCUCAACGGCCAGUCCCCCUCCCACCUCAAAGUCCAGAGAAGUGUUUCCUCCAACCACAAACAGAGACGAUACAGCGAGCAAGUUGGUCAGAACGUCCCUCAGGGGAUGGCCCAUCCAAAGAGGAGUCAGACCACCUCAGGGGACAGCAACGCCAAGGAGGAGGUCGCCGGCCAGCUCCAGAAGCCCAGCACCCCCGGCAGCCGCGGCGCUCCCCCCUCCAGCCCUCUACUGGGCAACGCCAACAACCCCAACAAGGCAGACAUCCCUGACCGCAGGAAAGGGGGCACCACCGGCCCCGCUAGUAACUCGGCGUCAGCAGGUAUGACCCGCAGGAACACGUAUGUGUGCAGCGACAGGAACAACACGGACCGCCUCUCCGUCAUCCCCAACGGGAAGGAGAACAGUGUUGCCGUGUCUCCUGGGGGGCAGAGGAACCCUGUGGCGUCGACCCACAGCAUCACCAACAGCACCACGCCCGACCGCCUGCGCUUCCCCCGCGGCACGGCCAGCCGCAGCACCUUCCACGGCGGCCAGCUGAGAGACCGCCGCACUGCCACGUACAACGGGCCGCCGGCCUCGCCCACGCUGUCCCACGACGCCACCCCCCUGUCCCAAACCCGCAGCCGUGGAACCAGCAACCUGUUCUCCAAACUCACGUCUAAACUGACACGCAGAACUGACUGCUAACACUCACUGACAGUCUGAUGUGUGGGCUGCUGGCACCCAACUAACACGCUGCUUAGCAGGGAACCGAACGGCGCUGGGUGCAUGAACACACACACACACACACUCACACCCACACAUGCGCGCCCCCACACACAGGUCAGAUGAAUGCAGGUGUUCAUGGAGUUCCACCUGAACUGCUGUCAUAACGAGAUCCUGCUGAUCGUCGUUGACAUCACUCAUUCAGACGUAGCUGAGAGCGUCCCUAUAGAGUCCAGCUUUCCUGGUGACAUUUUAGGGCUUUGGACCCCCCCAUCCACACCUCAGUCACAUGUGUGGAGGAUGCUUCCAGCAUCAGAGCAGCUCAGGAACACAAAGGAAAGCUCCAGAAAAGCUUCAUGAGUGACGUUAGUGAAGUUAAAGUCAGGAGCUGCAGUGCUGCCCCCUCCCUCUGGAUCUCACAUUGGAGGGCUGAUGCUGAAUGAGGGGAUUUUUGUGCCACCAUAUUGAAACGUAGAAGUUUGUCAAAAGAUAAACGUUACGCUUUAUUCUACGGUUUCAGGAGGUUCUCAGCCAUAAAGUCACAAAUGUGUCUACAUUUUAUUUAGUCAGACCGUAGAAUAAACUGUAGCGUUUAUAUAUUCUGACAUUAACUAAACAGGCCUGUGUGAUCUAUGAACCCUCUGGAGCAAAAUAUUGGUAAAAGUUUGAUUUUCUUUAAGAUCUGUUUGUUAAAAAAAAGAUUUGAAGCCCAUAUUAUCAUCUGCUGCCUUUACUGAAUUUCCCUGCUGGGAUAAAUAAAGUUGACCUUGAAUGACGGUGUUUUUGGGUUAGCUUCCAAAGUAAACGUCAUUUAUAAGCAGAAGAAAUGUUCAUUUUCACUGUGACUUAUUUCUAAGAACUCCUGUCUACUUUUGUCCAAAGUAGAAAAAAUAUUAAUGAAAAAAAUGUAACUUUCUCCUAAUUUUUCAACAUUUUAUUCAUGAAAAAACUAUAGAUCAUUAUUUAAAUCAAUACUGUAACAUAAUGUAACCUCCGGCUGGACGGAGACGAAGCUGAGACGUUUCUCUGCUGCAGACAUUUUAAACUCGCUGGUCGCUACACGAACAUGAAUAAAUCCAGAACUCUGUUGUUGAGUUCUGCUCAAGGAGAAACGGACCAGAACGGUUGAAGACUGAAGAAUUCAGACUGAACAGCACCGACAGAAAAUCUAAAGUCCGCCUCGGUCCUCAAGCAUGGCAAUGCGAGGCAGAGACACCUGAUUGGAUAGAAUCUAGACCAAUCAGCAGGCUGUUUGGGGUGGCACAAAUGUAAUGCUGAGAGAAAAUGUUGAACAGAAGAUCAAAGAUAGGGGAAAGCGAGAUGAGGCACUACGCAUCUAAAAACGUUUGUGCUGCAAACGCAAAAAUAUUUUUUGAACAAAAAAAAAAGUUUGUAAAUGUAGAAAUAUUUUAUGAAAGCAAAAAAAAAGUUUUUGAAAGCAAAUAUGUAUUUUUAUUUCCAAAUAAUGAAGUUUUAUUCUCAACCCUUUACAUUUUGUUUGCAAUUUAGAAAGUUUGGAUCUCAAAUCUUUAGCUUUUGUUUGCAACAUGGUGGCACAAAAAUCCCUUCAUGACGCUGCUCAUGGGGGGGCAGGUCUGGAUGACGUUUCCUGUCUUUACAUCCAGUCAUGCUUUAAUCCUUGCAGAAUCGCUGGUGUAUUGCACCUGCUGGGGGGCAUUUCUCAUGUGUGGUAAGCCUGACCCCCCCUCGCCCCCACUUAGUGUUCGCUACAUGAAAUGGUGACGACACUGACUGCAGCUCCAUCUCUCUGAGGGUUGGGAGCCUCUUUAGUGUCUGGAUCUUUCCCAGAGACUCUCCGGCAUGCUGACUGAUCCGGUCUGAGCGGUGCAUCGGUCAGAUGAGUGUGUGAUUGUGAGAGCACACACACUCCAACUAUCAGUUCAUUUAACCAAAGCAGCUUCCCACUAAUCGAGCAGCCGUGCAUGCAGACGGCCGUUCCUUCAGCGCCUCUCUUCCUGGUGUGUUCUCUCAACUCGACUGUCUCUUAAAUGAGUUCUAGUGUAGUCGGGUGUGUCACACUUUAUUUUUCUGUAUUCAUUCUUAAAAUGAGGACAAACUGUAGUUUCCCUUUUAGCCUGAGUGUUGUUCUGGUGUUUGUCCCAGAGACAUAUGUGGUCAAAUCAGGAUCACAAUAAACUGAACGAAGAAACACAUGGAAAACUACAAAGUAGACAUUGUGACUCAAAAAAAAUAGAACAUUUGAAAAAUGAGACAUUGUACAUUUGAAAAAGAAAAAA